AUGUCUUCAGAACGAAGAUGCUCCCAUUCUUCUAUGUGUUACAACUCCUCUCCUCAUGCUGCUGAAGUAGGUUAUAAACAACCAAGUCUGAAGCAAAGGACGGCGGCCACAAGACCCACAGGAUCCCAAGGACAACAUGGCCGUAUUGAUCCAAGCAUAUUUCCAGCUCCGUUGGUUCUACCUGACGACGACCUUGCACUGGAUCCUGAGUACCCACCGCAAUCUUUUCAAGAGUGGUUGGACGACGAGGAUCGCAACGAAGUCACCUCGGACAGAAGGACAGUCUAUGUUGUUGCGCCACCUGACUAUGACGAAGAUGCCCGUUUCGCGCAGGCAUGGACCUCUCCCAGAGUGGGCAAGGCCCAGCAUCAGUUAGUAAAGCCUACUCCACAAGACAUCGUCAGUUACCUCGCGGCGUUUUACCAUGGGGUCCCCGUCAAGCUCCUUCGAGUACCCGGCUUUCGAUUUGUUCCUUGGGAUGGUCAGGAAUCCAAGAGCUCACCCCGCUUCAUUGGUUUAGCUAUUUCAGACGAAUGCGUUGGCAUUCGGACGCGGGCAUGCCCUGACAAAGUUUAUACUCGUCAAUUGAACCUCGACGAUCUCCUGGAUGUGGCGAUAAGCAUACUUCCCGACGAUGCGUAUGCCUUGUGUCUUCUCAUGAACCAUGAUCUCUAUGAGGACGCUGAUGAUACGUUCGUCUGCGGACGUGCAUACGGUGGAAGCCGCGUCGCAGUUGUCUCCAGCGCCAGGUAUUGUCCGUCCCUGGACCCAACUCAAUCAGUAGAGCGGGAACAUUCGUGGCCAGCAUCACAUUGUGAUGACUACCUCCUCUUACGUGGCGAGUGCCAAAAGGCGGAAGACCGCCAGCGAAUCGUCGUCCUUGGCUGCUGCGCCAUUAACAGCCGCGUUAUCUGCAUUGUCUUCCCUCCCAAAGAUCGAUUCAUCACCACGGUUAUUGUCAUCACUCUGGCUCUCUCGAAUGUGUCGCACGGCAAGCCAUGA